UAACGUUUAUUGAUCGACAUUAAAAAAAAAAAAGUAUGAUAAUUGUUGGAAAGCUGUGGUUUCGGAUGGUACGCGAAGGCACCACAAUAGACAACGCCAGCUUCCCGUUUUCGGCCGCGCGCUCUGCGUCCUCUGUGCGGAUCUCUGGUAGAGGCUGGGGGGGAAGAAGGAGGCUGCGUGGAUCGGUGCUCAACAAAGCCGCGAGAAUACCUGAACCGAUCGCCUUUUCCACGGCACCGAGCGAACGUAUAGAGGAGCACCGAGGAGACAUAAAUGGUGGAGGCCGUGGUGGAGUUCGACUAUGAGGCCCAGCAGGACGACGAGUUGAGCCUGAACGUGGGCGACGUCGUCGUGAACAUACGGCGAGACGACGGAGGAUGGUGGGAGGGCGAGCUGGGCGGCCGGCGGGGGCUGUUCCCCGACAACUUUGUGCGGGAGAUAAAGAAGGAGGCCAAGAGGGAUGGAGGACAGGCGAGCACGGUCAAAUCGGACCUCUCCAACGGCCGGGCAAGUCCUGUGUCCGAGCCCAGCACGAGAUCGGGCAAGAAAGGGGAGCAGAUCCGUAAGCGGCGGUGCAAAGCGGCGUUCAGCUACGUGCCUCAGCAUGAAGACGAGCUGGAACUGAAAAUAGGGGACGUCAUUGACAUCGUAGCGGAGGUGGAGGAGGGCUGGUGGGAGGGAGUCCUCGGCGGCAAGAGCGGAAUGUUCCCCUCCAACUUCACCAAAGAGAUCCUGCUGGACUUGGACGGGCACUCCGGGGACACCUCGCAGGAGGACCUUCACAGCCGCACCAGUAAAAACAGUCCUGGCAGUGAAAGCGAUGGAGGGGACAGUCUGAAGUCGGAAACCGGCUCAGUGGAAAUCCAGCCCAAAAAGGUCCGAGGUUUCGGGUUCGGGGACAUCUUCAAAGACCAGCCCAUCAAGCUUCGCCCUCGCUCCGUGGACGCCGACUCUGAGGGAGACAAGGUCGUUGAGGGCAAAACGGCGAGUGCAAGUGCCGACAACAUGAAGGGUGAUUCCGACGGCAGAGGAAAAGGAGCAGAGCUGUGCAAAGUCCUCUUUCCGUACGAGGCGCAGAACGAGGAUGAGCUGACAAUCAAAGAGGGCGAAAUCGUCGCCAUAGUCACCAAGGACUGUGCUGACACCGGCUGGUGGAUGGGGGAGAUCGGAGGAAGGCAGGGAGUCUUCCCGGAUAACUUUGUCAAGCUGCUGGAAGCCGAGAAAAAGAGACCAAAGAAGCCGCCUCCUCCCAGCGCCCCGUCGGCCAAACACACAGCAGACAAAAAGUCGGAUGUUAAGAAGGUUCCACCAGAGCGGCCCGAGCAGCUGCCGCAGAGAGACCAGGAUCGAGGUGAGGAGGUGAACGUGGGCGACCUCCCCAAGCCGUCCCUCCCGUCCGUCCUUCCCAAGAAACCCUUCCUUACAAAGACAAGCUCCUCCUCUUCCUCCUCACAACCCCCAAGGCGCCCCGAGAGACCUCCCACUUUGGCGUGUGAAAGCCCCAAGUCUGAGGGCGGGGCUUCCACGCCUGACUCCGCCCUCGACAGGUCACAUGACACCGAUCUAGACCUGGACGCCGUGGUGCCGUCGGCGGAGAAGCUCAGUCACCCGACGGCGACCCGGCCCAGGGUCACGGACCGCCGGCCUCGCUCACAGAUCAUCACAUCGUUGUCGCUGUCCAGCGCCGACGUGGACCACCCGGCGCCGGAAGACAGGAAGGAUAGGGAUCGAAACAAGGAGGAUCAAGAACCCGUCCAGUUCGCCAGGAAAGGACUUCCUGCCAUUUCUGUACCUGAGGGUAAAGCACCCCUGGCCGCCAAGUCCUCCUCGUCCCUCAACCCGCCAAACUGCGGCGGCCAUCGUCCCGCCUCUCCGUCUUCCUCCUCGGGUCUGAGCCCCACCCCCGAGCUGCGGAACUCGCCCGUGACUCCGCCCACGCUGGAAGACCUCAGGUACCAGGUGCGCGAGCUGAGGACCUCUGUGGAGCUGCUGAAGAGCCAGCACAGGCAGGAGAUGAAGCAGCUGACCAACACGCUAGAUGAGGAGAAGAAGAUUCGCCUCGGUUUACAGAUGGAAGUGGAGCACAUAAAGAAGAAAAUGUCCAAAUGAGCCGUGGACGAGACGCCCUCGCCAAGACAUUUGUGCCAAAUGAUGGUCGCCGAAGGACAUCAGCAGCGUCAUAGACUCAUGCAUCCUGCGCAACCCCCACCCCCUCCCCCCUCCCCGCCAACAUGAUGUCGCCUCGCCUUGUGUUUACCAUCAUUUCUAACGAGCAUUCUCUCUUGGGUUUAAUGAUGUCCGGCGCCGUGGUUACCGGCGGGUGUGUGGCCGGUGAGUUGCCGUGGCAACAAAAGGCAGCGACGACGACAUCGACUAAUGUGAAGUGGGCGUGAAGGCCCAUCGGAACCUCCCGCAGGUCGGUCGGUCGGUCGGUCGGUCGGUCGGUGUCCAUGCCGCGGCCUUCUUGCCGCUUUACUCUUUUAUGUGUGUGUGUGCGAGUGUGUGCGUGAGACGCUCAAUUUUGACGAGAGGCACAUUUUAGCCAAGUGCAGGUCCAGGUUUGAUGGCACAUCGCUAAAGCUGGGGUUGUAUCCGGCAUUUUUAAAUUUUCUCCUUUCAGUGCUGCUAAAUUGAAGGAUCGACCGACUCCAUCUUUGAGCGUAAAUAACUUUGUUAUAGCACAAUCUUUGAAGGUACAGUUUGUAGGGGGGCCAAUCCAGCAGGGGGCAGCACAGCAUGAUAAAUACAUGCACAUGAUGUCAAUCAGUCAGUCCUCAAAUUAAUUUGCCAUAUUUUUAACGUCAGAAAAGUGUGAACAAUAUGUAAUGAAUAUAACAUUCAGGACCGGAAAAAGGCACGUUCAAACAGUCCGACAACUGCUGUACAUUCCGUGAAAAAGUGCCAAAUAGUGUCCACUACUGGUACUGUAAUCUUUGUUUUUCGAAAUAAAAAGUUACACUCAGCACCCUUAGGUCCCAAAAUGGUCCCUCUCAUUAAAGACAUGGUUUUUUUCCCCACAACUUCCGACCUCGCCAAUUUUUUUAGUAUUUUUCUAAUAUUUUUCGAAGGAAAAAAAAUCGAUAUAUAAAUGAUUUGGGAUGAGUUAAUAAAGCUAAGACAAAUAUUGAUAACUUUGUUUACACUUUUUACCCUUAUGACCCAAACUGGUCCCUGUCAUAAAAGUCUAUUGGUAUGCAUUUUGAAUACAACCUUUUUUCCUUUAUUCGCAAGGCAGAGGCUUAGAUUAAUAAGGUAUCUUUUAUUUUAUUAAUGUUUGUUCACGAGAAAUGUCAGGAUAUCAAACAUGUGUGUUAUGAUUGAAGUCUAUAGGUGUUCAGUAGAGGUUGUGUUGUAUUCAUAAUAAAAAGCAAAGUGUCAAACAAUUCCAUAAAUAGAGAAUCACAUGAGUGAUCUUUCAUAAAGGUGCCUCGAGGGUUAACAGUAUUUUAGCACGAGCACAUCCGAGGAAAAUAUAUAACUUGGUUUAUAAUUGUCUAGUUUGCCUUCAUUUAUACACACAUUUUUCCAUUUCAAUUUAAAAUGCACUUUUUAAACCCCCACAAGCCAAUGACGGGAUGUUUGUUUAGCAUGUGAUGUUAAAGCAACGGGUUUGAAGGAAUGUAGUCGUUAAAGGUGUGUGUGUGUGUGUGUGUGUGUGUGUGUGUGCGCGCUAGCAUGCACGGCUUCCUCCGCUCUAUACUAUUACGUAUGUGCACAGAAUCUAUGGCAACACAACACUGUGGCCUUCCUCUUUUUUGACUUUCUUUCUGUCACACAACAAAGAAAACAAGGUUGCAACUUGUUUUUCUUGACGUUCGGUCCUCUCUUUUCUCCAGGAUAGCGAUUAUAAAACAAGAAGAUAUAUAUUCUUUUAUAUUUCAAUGUUAAUAAAGAUGCUAUUAUGUACUGGA